AUGUCCACUUCUAUCCCCCUCGCAAACCUCUCGCCCUCGUCGAGGCCGUCAUACUACAAGAUGCCCGAGUCACCCACACCGUAUGAAAGACGCUCACUGCGGUCUCCCCGUUCCCACUGGACUCCCUCCUUGAUCGGCUCCUAUGUCUUCGAUUGGUUCGUCUUGCUCGUCGUUGCUGGCAUUGGCGGCGUAUUGGGAAUCGUAACUCCAAACAAACGCCCCUUCUCAGUCCUCGACCCCAACAUCUCCUUUCCCUUCACCGAGCACGAAACCGUCCCAAUGUGGCUCGCCGCCAUCUGCGCCGUUCUCGUUCCCAUCAUCAUCAUCGCCAUCGUCUGCCUCGUUCUUGUUCCCGGAAAUACGAUUCCUAAGGGCACCCCAAACGCCCUCAUCUGGAAGCGCAAGCUGUGGGAGUUGCACGUAGGCUGGCUUGGGCUCGCGUUGGCUAUGUGCGGUGCUUGGUUCAUCACGAAUGGCAUGAAGAACAUGUUUGGAAAGCCUCGACCCGAUCUUCUCUCCCGCUGUCGGCCUGAUCUGGAAAAUUUCGCCAAGUACGUUGUUGGCGGCACCAAUGCCAGCAUCACCGGCCUUACUGGCGCAGCUGGCUUUGGACAGCUCGUAUCCGCAGACAUCUGCACAAACACCGACAAGCACACACUCGACGACGGCUUUCGAAGCUACCCCUCCGGUCACUCUAGCUCCGCCGCCGCCGGUUUGAUAUACCUAUCGCUGUUUCUUGCCAGUAAAUUUGCCGUCACCUUGCCGUUCGUUGCUACCAACAGCGACGCUUCGUCUCACUCGGCUUUUCCUUCUCGCCUCCAGAAAUCGAGCUCUGAUUACGAGGAAGUGCGAUCGGGCGAGGGAGGCUCUCUCAACCCUGACACGUCAGCUGUCGCUAGAAAUCUUGCCGAGCACAACAAGAUCGUAACAGCUGUCCGCCGCCAGGCUGCCGCGCCCCCUAUCUACCUCUUGACGAUUGUCGUCCUCCCUUGGUUCGGAUCCAUUUUCAUCGCAGGGUCUCGCUGGUUCGACUUCCGGCAUCAUGGCUUCGACAUCUUGUUUGGCUACCUCAUUGGCGUCUUCACUUCGAUCUUCGCUUUCCGCUAUUAUCAUCUUCCCAUCCGCCAGGGUGCCGGAUGGGCUUGGGGUCCUCGUAGCCAUGACAAGGCAUGGUGGUCCGGGGUUGGGUCCUACAGCUAUGCGACAGAGAAAGGCGACUUCAUUCGGUCGGGCGAUGAGGAGGAGGCAUACAUGUCGCAACCCGUUGGCCAGGCGACAUCCACGCAAUACGUUGGCAAGCCUGCAUCAAAUGAUGGCUCUGGCCCAGAAAACAGGUUCUGA